GUAUUUGAUUUACUCCACCCCUCUAAACUCAUUGGCUUUUGAAAGGCCUCUUAAUCUCUUAUUCUUUAUGGUGGUGUCCAGCUCACUCCGAGUCUUCCCAUUUUGAGACUCACCCAGUGUGGAGUAACCCUCCAGUCACUAUGGUCAUUUUUAACAACAUGUGGACACUGCUAGCCUUCACUGUGUCCACCACAGUCCUGCUGCUGACACACUCCUGUACUGCAGCAAAGUCAGAGCUCAUAGUAACCACCAUAAAGCAAGAUCCAUACACCAUGGCGAAGGGCUCCCAGUUAGAAGGCUAUUGCAUGGACCUGCUGUCUGAGUUAGCAAAGAAACUGGGCUUCAAGUAUAAAGUUCAUCUGGUGAAGGAUGGUGCCUAUGGCAGGAUGGAUGACAGUGGAAGCUGGAAUGGGAUGAUCGGAGAGGUGGUGAGAGGGGAAGCUGACAUUGCUGUAGCUCCUCUCACCCUGACUGCAGCCAGAGAAAAGGCUGUGGGAAUGACCAAACCGUACAUGCAGACAGGCAUCAGUAUCCUCUUGCGGCGAGAUAUCGUCUCACAGGAUUCUGGCUUUUUUGACUUCCUCAGCCCAUUCUCUGGAGAGACAUGGUUUGGUAUCCUCAUUGCUUACAUCCUGACUGCAGUCUGCAUCUGCAUCAUAGCAAGACUGAGCCCUAGUGAAUGGAGUCAGCCUGAGAAUGAGCACAACAACUUCACACUCCUUCACAGCUUGUGGUACACUGCUGGCGCUCUCAGCCUGCAAGGUGCAGGCCCCCACCCCAAAUCUCCGUCAGGUCGCGUGGUCAGCUGUACCUGGUGGCUCUUUGCCGUGGUGCUGCUGGCCUGCUACUUUUCCAGCCUGAGCUCUAACCAAAGCUCAGACUCCUCCCACCUCAUGAUAAAGGGCUUUGAGGACCUGGCCAAUCAGGAUUUUAUUGAAUAUGGAACCCUGACAGGCUCCUCUACACUCGCUUUCUUUAAGAAUUCGAACAAUCCUUCUUACCGCCGCAUCUAUGAGCACAUGGAGAGAAGGAAGAGUUUGGUGUCAUCAAUGGAUGAGGGUGUUCAGAGGGCGAGGGAGGGAAACUUUGCCUUUAUUGGGGAGUCUGUGUCCCUGGACCUCGCUGUGGCGCGCUACUGUGAGCUGGUUCGAGCCCAUGAGGUGAUUGGUAUGAGAGGCUACAGCAUUGUAACCCCUCUGGGUUCCCCCUUGUUGAAGAACCUGAGUGUGGCCAUCCUGCAGCUGAGCGAGGCUGGCGAGCUGGCCUAUUUGCGCAGUAAAUGGUGGGCCAGCAGCUGCAUGGCUCAUAGUGCUAAAGCAUCAUCAUUAAAGGCCCAUGGCAUGAAGGGAAUUUUCCUAGUGCUGGCUGUGGGCCUAGGAAUCGGAGUGCUGCUGGCUCUGCUGGAGCUCACUUCCAAAUCCCGCAGCAGUGCCCAGGAGCAAAAGAAAUCCUGCUGCUCUGUUCUGACCCAGGAGCUGAGUCAGCGAUUGAGAACCAGCAACACAAAAAGAGACCAGGAAACCUCAGACAAAAGCAAAGCUUGAAGGUUAUUUGUUAUCAACUUCAGUAAUUACAGCUAGAUCCCUAGCAUCUCUCCAAUUGCUUCUACUGGGAAAAACAUGUACACCAUUACAUGUGUAGUUAAAUGUUCAAACCUUAAUAAACAAUAGAAAAUGAAUAUUUUAUACUUGUAAAAGCUUAAAGGGGCAUUCCGGCCUAAAAAUGAAGUGUGUGUGUGUUAUGCAGUAUUAUGUAGUGCAGCAUUAUAUUCCUAAACGUCAUUGGUUUUCAUGAUUAUACAUUGUUUUCCUGUUUUCAUUCAUCUAUGUUCUCUACUCAACGAAACCUGACUGCUAGCCUAGCCACUGGUCCACAGAUACCUCUUUCUUCAGCUGUUGAACAAAACCAAAAGAAAUCUUUGAUUCUAUGUUUAUUCAGCACAAAUUUGACAAUUUUUUCAAAUUUGAAAGUCUUUUUAGUCUUUUGAUUAGGAAUCGUCUUUUGUCCAUUCUCCCCUCUGUAAUGAUGUUUUGAAGGUUUUACAGUUAUAUGGCAGUAUAGCAGUAACAUUAGCUAUCUGCUUUCCUUUUGCACUUGCAGAAAACGAAAUUCAAAAUGCCUACCUUCAACAAUCCAUCCAAGGCUGUUUUGGAAAUCAGAAUUUUUUUUUUGUCUGUAGAGACUACUGCAUCACUGCUACAGGAUGCAGGAAAACAUGUUUACAACAGAUGUAGGGAUGGAUAGAUGUAUCAUUUUGGCCAGAGUGUCCCUUUAACUUUCUGACAUGGAAUGAUGUUAACACUAUAUAGUUUAAUUUGUAUAGCAUAUUCACUUUUUAUGCUUUUCUUAAGCAAAUUACAGUGUGUGAAGGGAUGCUAAUCAGAAUCUGUGAGAGGUGGGGUUGUAUUUAAGACUGACUAAAAUUACGUAAUAUCUUUUUUCUCUAAUCUUGUGCUAAGCUAUCUUUAGACAUUUUUGUAAGGACAUAUAUAAUGCAUGUCAGCAAUAGAAUGUAUAUACAUAUCAUUUUAAACAAGUUUAGAUUUUUAUCAAAAGUGGCUACAUACAGUUAAAAGAUUACUCAAAUGUCUUCAACGUAAUCAAGAACAAAAUUCAAACAAAACCUUUGUUAAUACAUGCAUACUUUAGCUGAAACAAUACAUUCAAUCAUCUGAAAAUGCUUGCACAUUUGCAUCACAUAAUAUAAAAAAAAAUGGGGAAGAAAAAGCAUCACUUCUUACAGCAAGAAAGAGGCAGAAGAUCUGGCACAUUGUUAUUAAUGAAUUAAUAAACAUAAAUUAACCAAAAAUGUGAAACUACUGUGGUUGCGUGUACUCUUAUUACAGCACUACAGCUUCCACUCAGCAGAGUCUCAACACUAAAGCAGAUUGAUUACAUGUAUAAUUGCAAGCAGCUGUCCCUUGGAUGACAUUAGUAGCUGCAGCAGGUCAGGUACAUUUUAAUGUAAACAAGAUGUUGUUGUCCAAAGGUUAUGCUUAAUGAGAGUUUGUCCUCAGGCAUUUGGUGCAGUCAGUUUUUGCAGAAUUUCUUAUCCAUUUCUUUGCUUCAUGUAUGUAUUUCUACAAAGUUGAGUGAUCUGAAACACAUACAUAUACACACUUUCUUAUACACAAUGUAUCUAUCUAUCUAUCUAUCUAUCUAUCUAUCUAUCUAUCUAUCUAUCUAUCUAUACACUUUUGUUUACAUGGUAUUGUUCAUCCACAUAAUACCUUUUUGUUUUAAUUUCUAUACUCACUUCAGUGUGCUUAUAGUAUAUAUUUGAAACAUUCUAAAUGUGGUAAUGAACCAGCAUUUAAUUGUCGAGUCUUGUUUCAAAAUGCAUUAUAGACCAAAUAGACAAAUUCCAGUCUGUGAAAUCAAAAUAAGUCAUGUCAGACAUUUUUCCAUCUAUUUGCAAUAUUAUCAUAUUUGCAACCAACAAAAUUUAGGAGAAAAAAAAAUAGAUAGUUACAUAACUGCGCACACCCCACAACUAACACUUUGUUGAAGCACUUGUUACAUUGAUUACAGUAGUACGUGUUUGUAAUAGGGGUGCAAC